AUGUCAGGCCCAAUAAAGCAUAGAAUCACCGUGAUAUCAUCCAACAAAGUGGACAACACCGAUCUUGACUCUCUCCACCUUUCCAGAGCUAAAUGGGUAUUACCUAAGGGAGAUUACCAACGUCAGGAUAAAUUCCUGUUCCCAUUCGACAAAUUCGCGUCGUUAUUUAUCGAAGAUACCACGAAAUUCGACAACAUUGCCGAGUUUGCUAUUCAAUGGGGGGUUUUCAAUAAUUCGUUAGUGGCAAAACAAUUGGAACAACGUAAUCAGGAUUUAAAAAACUUGAAUAACGCAUUGUCAAAAUACGUCGAACCUGGAUACUCGGUGUUUGCUAAGCCAAUCCAAGGGGCUACUGGUGAUACCCUUUUAACCGACCUUAUGGAUGUCAUUGGGAAUAUCAAUGAUUAUGGCAUUGAAGCAUCCCAAUUCAUCAGGAACCCAAUGUCAUGGAACUAUUUCAAUAAUGAUUACCACUCUACCAGCCAACUUCCUCCAAAACUUGCUAGUUUCUUAGAAGAACUUAUUUGUUCUGCGGAGAUUUCAUCAGAGCAUAAGGAAACUUGCAAAGCGGAUUACUCAAGUUUGCUCAAACAUCUUUCAUCUCUAUCGCUCGAAUUCAAUAAUAAACUUUCCUCUUCGAACAAAGGCGCCGAUGAUCUUCGUGAUCUUACCAUCACAUUAUACUGGAAUACUGGUGCUUUACAGAAUGUGCCAUCGACAACAAUCCACAAAGUUGACAACAACGAAAGGCUAACCCGUGAAAUUGGAAUGUUCGAAAUCGACCACCGGGCAUCCACACUUAAUGAUCUCAAUCUUUUCGGCAUCAGUGCCCAACUCCCAUCGAAACUCGAACCAAAAUUCAAUCAUGACGGUACCCCACUCUUCAAUUCCGAAGAUGACGAUACCCUCGUGGCCCAGAAAACCAUGUUCUACGUCCUGCCACGCCACAUAACUUUGGAUCCCAGCGGCGGUCAUUUGGUGUAUUCCCUGAAAUUUCAAACUCCUAUUGGUUUACACCCACAACACCAAGUGACCAUCGCCGGCAACAAGCAGGAUUCCAUCAAGAGAAACACUACCUCAGGGAAACUCGCGCUCGAGCCGCCAAUGAACCCAAAGAUGUUUGAUUGUGAACUUUUCAGUUACUAUCGUCUUCCAAAUACCCUUUUCCUCGAUCGUAAUGAGUUCACCUCGGAUAAUGGUGAUGUGGAGCUUGUUGGGGUCUGGGGGGCCACCGAUCUUGAAGCCCCACUGUACAAAACUCCUGAAUGGGGUAGUGAUGCGUUAUUGCGGGUAAAGGUGCAACCUCGCGAUCCAGAUCAAUUUGAUAUUAAUGGAGAAUUACAACCUUUGGUAAAUGAUGAUGAUGAUGAUGAUGAUGAUGAUGCUACACUCUACUCAUUGAAAUUGCAUUCCCGGUAUCAAUCGGUGGACACUACCCCAUAUUAUAACGGAUCGAUUGCCAAACCCGACGUGUUUUGGGCAUGCGAACUUUCGGAACAUCGUCUCGACAGCUUAGUAGACGAAGGGUUAAUCAAGGCCAAUGAGGCGGAGAAUAUUAAAAAUCAAUACGAUAAUGACCUAAUUUACAAAAACCCAUUGGAUACUAAACUUGGAGUAUCAAUGGAAGGAAUCUUCACCGAUAACACGGUGUUCUAUCAUUUUGUCGCCAACGUCAGCGAUAUUUCUGAUAAUGCGAGCUUCCAAGAUAAUUUCACUAUUCCAAGAGGUAAAAAAGAAGACUUCUUCAUCAUCCAGGUUGCGACGUUGGUGGUGGUGGUGUCAAGUUUAUUAUACUUGUUAAGAAAGGCUGUGAACGGUUUUACAGCCACCAAGAACCAAAAAAAGUCCAAGGAUGAUAAAAAGAACCAAUAG